AUGGCCAACUCCGGGAUCCAGCUGCUGGGAUUCUUCCUGUCUCUCAUCGGCGUCGUGGGGCUGAUCAUCGGGACCGUUCUGCCGCAGUGGAAGAUGUCCGCGUACAUCGGGGACAACAUCAUCACGGCCGUGGCCAUGUACCAGGGACUGUGGAUGUCCUGCGCGUUCCAGAGCACCGGGCAGCUCCAGUGCAAGAUCUACGACUCCAUCCUGCAGCUGGACAGUUCGCUUCAGGCCACUCGUGCCUUGAUGAUAGUUGGCAUCAUCGUGUCAAUCGCAGGCUUGGGCGUGGCCUGCAUGGGAAUGAAGUGCACCACCUGUGGAGGGGCCAACAAACUGCGCAAGUCCCGCAUCGCCAUGACAGGGGGCAUCAUCCUCCUUGUGGGCGGGCUUUGUGCCAUCGUAGCGUGCUCCUGGUUUGCUCAUAAUGUCAUCCGGGCUUUCUACAACCCCUACACUCCAGUCAACACCAAGUUCGAGUUCGGCGCCGCCAUCUUCAUCGCGUGGGGGGGCUCCCUCCUGGACGUCCUGGGCGGGGCCAUGAUGGCCGCUUCCUGUCCGAGGAAGAAGCAGGUUUCCAAAUAUCCGUCCAUGGCCAGUUCCCGCUCCGGUGCUCAGAGCGGCACCAAGGAAUACGUCUGA